AGUGAGUAGCGAAGCCCUAAUUCUAUCCGUCCCUUACUAUAUAAGGUUUCACAGAGUUAGAGCAACCUUUUGUAUUGAAGCCGCACACUGCAUAGCAUCUACGAGCUAUUACAGUUAAGAAGAAUGUCCCAUCGCAAGUUUGAGCACCCAAGACAUGGUUCUUUGGGAUUUCUUCCAAGGAAAAGAGCAGCACGACACAGGGGGAAAGUGAAGGCUUUUCCCAAAGAUGAUCCAACAAAACCUUGCAGGCUGACAGCCUUCCUUGGCUACAAAGCUGGGAUGACUCAUAUAGUCAGAGAUGUUGAAAAACCAGGGUCAAAACUCCAUAAGAAAGAAACAUGCGAAGCUGUUACCAUAAUUGAAACGCCUCCUAUGAUUGUUGUUGGGGUUGUUGGCUAUGUGAAAACACCACGUGGCCUUCGCUGCCUUAGCACGGUCUGGGCUCAACAUCUUAGUGAAGAGAUUAAAAGGAGAUUCUACAAGAACUGGUGCUUGUCCAAAAAGAAGGCCUUUGCAAAGUACUCAAAGAAGUAUGAAACUGAUGACGGUAAGAAGGAUAUUAAUGCACAAUUGGAGAAGAUGAAGAAGUAUUGUUGUGUUGUUCGUGUUUUGGCCCAUACUCAGAUUAGAAAAAUGAAAGGGCUCAAGCAAAAGAAGGCACACCUGAUGGAGAUUCAGGUUAAUGGUGGGGAUGUUUCCCAGAAGGUUGAUUAUGCUUAUGGCUUCUUUGAAAAGCAGAUUCCUGUUGAUGCUAUUUUCCAAAAGGAUGAGAUGAUCGAUAUUAUUGGUGUGACCAAAGGUAAGGGUUAUGAGGGCGUGGUGACUCGUUGGGGUGUAACCCGUCUCCCACGUAAGACCCAUCGUGGUCUUAGAAAGGUGGCUUGUAUUGGUGCUUGGCAUCCGGCACGGGUGUCAUACACUGUAGCUAGGGCUGGGCAGAAUGGCUAUCACCAUCGCACUGAGCUGAACAAGAAAGUCUACAGGCUGGGCAAGGCUGGUCAGGAGUCUCAUUCCGCCAUAACUGAGUUUGACAGGACUGAGAAGGAUAUCACGCCAAUGGGUGGAUUCCCUCAUUAUGGUAUUGUGAAAGAAGACUUUCUGUUGAUUAAGGGGUGCUGUGUUGGACCAAAGAAGCGUGUUGUGACUUUGAGGCAGUCUCUGUUGAAUCAGACAUCUAGGGUUGCGUUGGAGGAGAUCAAGCUCAAGUUCAUUGACACAUCCUCCAAGUUUGGCCAUGGGCGCUUCCAGACUACACAGGAGAAGGCUAAAUUCUAUGGACGUCUUAAAGCUUGAGAAACUGUCAGACCCAUAUAGUCAGUUCUUGUCAGAUUUAAACUUCAUUUAUGGGAUUUUGUGCUACUUGAUUUUGUGUUUAUUUGAUCAUACUAUGGCAAUUUUGUUGGUGGAUUACAUUUAAAGCUUGUUAUUUUUAAUAAACCUUUUUGAAAGCUUGCCUUUCCUGAUUCAA